GGUGAGGUGAGCGAGCUGGAGGCGGCGAGGCAGCAGUGGGAGCAGGAGCGGCGGCAGAUGCAGCAGGAGGUGCGUGUUGGGGAUUGGGGGGUGGGUGUGGGGAUUGGGGGCCUGGGGAGGGGUGGAGGGGGAAGAGAAUGGGAUGCAGGUGGCAGAGCGGAAAGAGAGGCGGGGCGAUACCGGUAUGCGUGUGUGUGUGUUGCUCAGUGUGGUUCCGCUCAGUCCGUAUUGUGCCGCUGGUGGCGCUCACCCCCCUGCUGCCCCGCAUCGCAACCCGACACUCCAUCCAACCCGCAACCCCAACGUCCAUGCCUGCCCUCCCUUCCAGCACAUCAUCUUCCUCCUGCCGGCCCUUCCCUCCUUCUUCCCCCUCCUCACCCCUCCUCCAUCCCUCCUUACCCCACCUGCACCCCCCCCCCGAGCUCGUUAGUUGCCUCAUCAAUUUUCCUUAGUUUUACCCACCCUUCACCCCACACCACCACCACCCCCCAGAUCGCCCGUCUGAAGGCCGACCUGGUCACCGAGCGCCACGUCAAGAACGACGUCUUCGAGCGGCUGCUGCGACUGGAGCAGCAGCAGCCCCCCUGCGCGGCGGCGGGGGGCGGCAAGGCGGCCACCAGCCUGCUGUACAACAAGGCGGGGCUCACACCCUGGCAGGCAGACAUACUGUCGCGCAGGUACGAGGAGCUGCAGUCGCGGCAGCAGGCGGUGCUUCAGGAGAACGCGGCGCUGCGGCGCACCCUCACCUCGCUGCGCUCCCUGGCGCCCGACCUGGUGCAGGCGCUGGAGUUCCCACUGCUGCCGCUGCAACACCCGCGCCCGCAGCAGGAGGGGG